AUUAGAAAGGGUACAAAAAGGGAAGUCCUUUUUCUCCUCAAAUUCCCGACCCCUCCUAUCUCUCUCGAGACUCUCCCACAGCAGAAGGGAAGAAGAGAUAAUAACUGAAGCACAAACCGACGGUCGCCGGAAAAUUGGGUGAAAACGGGUACAGAUUCAUACUCAGACUGGUCGCCGGAACAAGUUUAUAGCCGGCGGAGGAGAAAUCAAUAAGAAAAUGACAUCGACGAGGCUAUUGUUGUUGCCUCUUCUCACACCUACUGGUGCUGCUACUAUUACUGCUGCUUCACGUCUCUCUUCUUCACCUUCACCUUCUUCUUCUUCUUCUUCAUCAUCAUCUUCUUUCUCUCUCAAGGUGUCUGGUCCACAAACUCUCUUCACCAGGAAGCCGUGGCUUUGUGGUAAAAGACAUCAAGCAAUUGGUUGUUUAAAGAUUGAAGAUGGAAAUGAAGUGCAAAUGUUUGGUUCUGAUGAUGAAUUUGGAUCUCAACUUCCUACACAAGCUCAAACCAUUGUAGAAGGCUCAGGUGCUGUUCUUGUCUCAGAAUAUAAACCUGCCCCUGAUGUUGAUUACCUACAGGAAUUACUAGCAAUCCAACAACAAGGUCCAAGAAACAUUGGAUUUUUUGGGACAAGAAACAUGGGAUUCAUGCAUCAAGAACUCAUUGAGAUUCUUAGUUAUGCUAUGGUCAUAACGAAAAAUCACAUCUUUACAUCAGGAGCUUCUGGAACAAAUGCAGCUGUAAUUAGAGGUGCAUUAAGAGCUGAAAGACCAGAGUUGCUUACUGUAAUCUUACCUCAAAGUUUGAAAAAACAACCUCCUGAAAGCCAAGAAUUACUUUCAAAAGUGAAGAAUGUGAUUGAAAAACCACACAAUGAUCAUCUUCCAUUGAUCGAAGCCAGCAGGCUGUGUAACAUGGAUAUAAUAUCUCAAGUGCAGCAAGUGAUUUGUUUUGCCUUCCAUGACAGCAGAUUGCUGAUGGAGACAUGUCAAGAAGCUAAGAAUAUGAGGAAGAUUGUAACCUUAUUUUACUUAGAUUGAUUAUUGAUAUUUGAUUUGAUGGGGUGUUUUUGUUUUUGUUUUUGUUUAUGUUUUUUGUGUACAAAUCAAAUUUAGCACUCUACUUUUUUGUGCUCAUUCUUCUUUGGAACAAUAUAGAGAAGUCACUCCCCUUUGCAAUUUCACAAGCUUGUUUAUGUUA